AGUAUAGAGUUCGUGAAGUUUGUGUCUCUUGUGAGGUGUGACUCCCCAAGCUUAUCAUAAUCAGCUCAUUCCAUUCCCCCCACCGGAAAACCCCAUGGGAGAGGAAGAGAAGAAGCCCGAGGAAAAGAAGCCAGAGGAAGCUAAGGUGGUAGAGGGAGACAAGAAGGAUGAAGCACCAAAAGGUGAUGAAAAGAAAGCUGCCGCCGAGGAAUCCAAAGACAAAGACAGCCCGCCAGCUGCUGCUGCCCCUGUUCCUCCGCCGCCGCAAGAAAUCAUUUUACAAGUCUACAUGCAUUGUGAAGGAUGUGCUCGAAAAGUUCGCAGAUGCCUCAAAGGCUUUGAUGGAGUGGAAGAAGUUGUGACUGAUUGCAAGGCAAGUAAGGUGGUGGUGAAAGGUGAUAAGGCAGAUCCACUCAAGGUUUUGGAGAGGGUUCAGAGGAAGAGCCACCGCCAAGUGCAGCUUCUUUCUCCGAUUCCGAAGCCGCGGCCACUGGAGGAAGCCAAGAAGGUUGAAGAGAAAGAAGUUCCUAAACCUGAAGAGAAAAAAGAAGAGCUUCCUGUGAUUACUGUAGUCUUGAAAGUUCACAUGCAUUGUGAGGCUUGUGCUCAAAAAAUGAAGAGGCGUAUACAGAAAAUGCAAGGAGUUGAAAGUGUACAGCCAGAUCUAAACAGCUCCGAAGUGACUGUGAAAGGGGCAUUCGAGCCACCUAAGCUGGUUGAUCUUAUUUACAAGGGGACAGAUAAACAUGCUGAAAUUGUUAAGGUAGAACCUGAGAAAAAGGAGGAAGAGAAACCUAAGGAAGGAAAAGAAGAGGCAAAAGCCGAUGGUGGCGGCGAAAAGGGGAGCAAGAAAGGUGAAGAUGAUGGCAAAAAACCCGAAAAGGAAGACGGUGCACCGCCUCUGGCUGGCGGCAGCGUCGGUGAAGAUCAGCCGCCGAAACAAGAAGCUGGACAAGAAGGAGGUGAUCCUAAAUUGGAAAUGAAGAAGAAUGAUUUCUACUAUUAUCAUCCACAAAACCAUCAUCAGAAUGAUUUCUACUAUUAUCAUCCACAGAACAAUCAGCAGCUUCAUCAUCCAGCCUAUGUUCAAGAAUCUUAUGGAUAUCCAGCGUAUCCUCCACAGAUGUUCAGUGAUGAGAACCCUCAUGCAUGCUCUGUAAUGUAAAUGAUGAGAAAGACGAGGGUUAAAAUUGGGAGGGACGUUGCACAUGGGGUUGGAAUGUCCAUGGCCCCCCUUCAUCCUUGACACCUUGAUGUGCUCCACAUGUGGCCCUGUCUGGGGUCCUUUAGCAUAAACCUAAUCUGCAGGGAAGCUGUAGAAUUUUGUGAGGGCUUUGUACCAUCUUGUUUUCUUUAUUAGCAGCACUAUAUAUAUAUAUAUAAACUCUCUGUUACAUACUUGAAAUAAAUAAUUAACAUAA